GCGAGUGUCGUCGGCCAUUUUUGGGGUUUUAAAAAAUGAAAAUGGCGUUUUCAGUUUCCAUAAUUCUAAGUUUGGGAAAACUGAUGAAGGAUACUCUAAGAUACUUGGCAGGAAUCGCCGGCCCCAGCGGCUAUGGCUCCAAAUCCACCGCUGAACAAGUCACUCAAUGUUCCUCUUUCUCUUCCACUUCUCAACUCACUGCCAUUAUCACCGGAGCAACUUCAGGAAUUGGGGCGGAAACAGCAAGAGUAUUGGCAAAGAGGGGAGUGAGAAUAGUGAUGCCUGCAAGAGACAUGAAAAAGGCAGCCCAAGUGAAAGAAGCAAUUCAAAGGGAGAGCCCUGAGGCUGAGAUUAUUGUGUGCGAGAUUGAUCUCAGCUCCUUGGCUUCUGUCCAAAGCUUCUGUAGUCACUUUCUUGCUCUUCGUCUCCCACUCAACAUUCUCAUAAAUAAUGCAGGAGUCUUCUCUAAGAAUUUGGAGUUCUCUGAAGACAAAGUUGAGUUGACAUUUGCUACAAAUUAUUUGGGACAUUAUUUUCUGACGGAGACCCUGUUAGAGAAAAUGAUAGAAACAGCGGCCAAGACGGGCAUUGAAGGAAGGAUUAUCAACGUCUCUUCGGUGGUGCAUGGCUGGGUGAAGAAAGAUGGUUUAAGCUUUGGUCAAAUGCUCAACCCAAACAAUUACAAUGGGACUCGUGCCUAUGCACAGUCAAAACUGGCCAAUAUUUUGCAUGCCAAGGAAGUGUCAAGACAGCUUCAGGGAAGAAAUGCCAGAGUGACCAUAAAUGCAGUACAUCCAGGCAUUGUAAAAACUGCUAUCAUAAGAGCUCACAAGGGCUUUAUCACAGAUUCUUUGUUUUUUAUGGCAUCAAAGUUGCUAAAAACUACAAGUCAGGGAGCAUCAACAACAUGCUAUGUAGCACUGAGUUCGCAAACAGAAGGAAAGAGUGGAAAAUUUUACGCAGAUUGUAACGAGACAAACUGCUCAUCCCUGGCCAAUGACGAGUUAGAAGCACAAAAGCUUUGGACUCGAACUCGCAACUUAAUCAAUAAACAACUAAGCAAACUUUCCACUUAAUCAAAUAUUAUUCAACAUUUGUAAAAAAAAUCCAGGUUAGACGAGAUGUACAUAGGCUUGUCAUUUCACAGUUCUAUAGAUAGGAAAUCAAUUUAAGGAAUACCUGAAAGAUACAGGGGCUAGAAAGUCCUCACCCUUCAGCCCUGUUCAAAUAAUGUAUUACUCAACUCACACUAAAGUGCAAUAAUAUCAAUAGCGAGUGUAAAAUAUUUUGCUUUCUUACAAGGAAAGUCUCUGCAAUAA